UCAUUUCCUAUUCUAAAAGUCAAGCAAGCAUAAACCCAACAACACCAACACUAUUCUAUAAUAAAUUAUUAUUAUUAUAACCCAACUCCAUUCAUUCCCUUUUACCUUUUUCUUUUCUCCCAUACCAAAACAAAACAUCACUCACUCACACACACGCAAAGUGAGCCCACACAACAGCAACAGCAACAGCAACAAUGUCCAAGAUUUUCAGAGACAAAACCUUAGGAGGAUCUUCCAAAAGACACAACAUCAACAUCAACAUCGACUUCCAAGUUCCCAUGCCCAUGCAACCGGUGGAGCACCUACCCUCUCCAUUCGGGGCUCCCAAUCUCUCCGACUCGGAGCUCAGAGAAACCGCUUACGAGAUCCUCGUCGGCGCUUGCCGGAGCUCCGGUACGAGACCGUUGACUUACAUCCCUCAGUCAGAGAAGCCCGAAAGGGCUCCUACAGUUAGACCGUCGGCUUCGUUGCAGAGGUCGCUGACUUCAUCGGCGGCAAGCCGAGUAAAGAAGGCGCUUGGGCUCAAAACGAAGAGGAGGGUUGCCGCAGUUGGAGGAGGAAGAGGAAGUGAGUCAGUGAGUCAGGGACGAGUGAAGAAGGCGGUGACUACUGGGGAGCUGAUGAGGGUCCAAAUGAGGGUUUCGGAGCAAACUGAUUCCAGAAUUAGGAGAGCCUUAUUAAGGGUCGCUGCUGGUCAGCUUGGAAGACGAAUGGAGUCAAUGGUUUUGCCACUUGAGCUACUCCAACAGUUUCGAUCUCCAGAUUUUCCUAAUCAGCUAGAAUAUGAGGCUUGGCAAAGGAGGAAUUUGAAGGUUCUGGAAGCAGGACUCCUUGUGCAUCCUCACCUGCCGCUAGAGAAGACAAACACCACUGCACAGCAGCUUCGCCAGAUAAUUCGUGGGGCCUUAGAGAAGCCCAUAGAAACUGGAAAACACAGUGAGUCGAUACAAGUCUUGCGGGGUGUUGUAAUGUCUCUUGCUUGCAGAUCAUUUGAUGGUUCUACUUCUGAGACGUGUCACUGGGCAGAUGGGUUUCCAUUGAACCUCCGGCUCUACCAAGUGCUCUUAGAAGCAUGUUUUGAUAUUAAUGAAGAAACAACUAUAAUCGAAGAGGUUGAUGAGGUUUUAGAACUCAUAAAGAAGACCUGGGCAAUCCUAGGAUUGAACCAGAUGCUGCAUGAUCUUUGUUUCUCAUGGGUUUUAUUCCAACAUUAUGUUGUAACUGGUCAAGUGGAAAUUGACCUAUUAUUUGCAUCCAAUAAUCUCUUGAUAGAAAUUGAAAAGGAUGCCAAGGCAAUAACAGAUCCAGUCCACUCUGAGGUUUUGAGCUCUACAUUGAGUUUGAUAUUGGGGUGGGCAGAAAAAAGGCUUCUUGCUUACUGUGAUACUUUCCACAGUGGUAAUAUUGAAUCAAUGCAAAGUGUUGUCUCCCUAGGGGUAUUAUCAGCAAAGAUAUUGGUAGAAGAUAUCUCUCAUGAGUAUCAUAAGAAGAGGAAAGAAAUUAAUGUGACCCGUGAAAGGGUUGAAACUUAUAUAAGAUCAUCACUAAGCACUGCUUUUGCUCAGAAAAGGGAGAAGAUGAACUCAGGCAAGCGUAUAUCUAAGAACCAGAACAGUUCUCUUCCUGCCCUUUCCAUCCUUGCACAAGAUGUUAGUGAAUUGGCUCUUAACGAGAAAGAGAUAUUUAGUCCAAUACUGAAGAGUUGGCACCCUCUUGCAUCAGGUGUUGCUGUAGCUACCCUUCAUUCUUGCUACGGGAAUGAGCUGAAGCAAUAUAUUACGGGUAUUAGUGAGUUGACUCCUGAUGCUGUACAAGUGCUGAGAGCUGCUGACACAUUGGAGAAAGAUCUUGUGCAGAUUGCAGUUGAAGAUGCAGUGGACAGUGACGAUGGUGGGAAGUCUAUCAUACAGGAGAUGCCUCCUUAUGAGGCUGAAGCAGUUAUGGCCAAUCUGGUAAAGUCAUGGAUAAAGACAAGAGUUGACAGACUGAAGGAAUGGACUGACAGGAAUCUGCAACAAGAGGUAUGGAAUCCACAAGCCAACAAGGAGCGAUUUGCUCCUUCUGCUGUUGAAGUUCUAAAAAUCAUAGAUGAAACUUUAGAAGCAUUCUUUCUGUUGCCAAUUCCUAUGCAUCCAGUCUUGCUUCGAGAAUUGAUGACUGGUUUUGACAGAUGUCUUCAGCAUUACAUAUUGAAGACUAAGUCUGGCUGUGGAGGCCGAAGUACUUACAUCCCCAGUAUGCCUGCUCUGACUAGAUGCUCAACAGGAUCAAAGUUCCAUGGUGUAUUCAAAAAGAAGGAAAAAUCACAAAUAACACAGAAGAGGAAAUCCCAAGUUGAAACACGUAAUGGGGAUAACUCCUUUGGGAUACCCCAGCUGUGUGUUCGCGUAAAUACUUUGCAGCAGAUUCGAACAGAAUUGGGAGUUUUAGAGAAGAGGAUGAUUGCUCAUCUUGAAAACACUGAAUGUACUCUCACUGAGAGUAUUGCAAAUGGGACAGGGAAAAAGUUUGAACUUUCAAAAGCUGCAUGUGGGGAAGGGAUCCAACAACUCUGUGAGGCAAUGGCAUAUAAGAUAAUCUUCCAUGACCUAAGUCAUAUUCUUUGGGAUGGCUUGUAUGUUGGGGAAGUUUCUUCUUCUAGGAUUGAUCCCUUCCUUCAGGAGCUUGAGCAAUAUUUGGAGAUUGUUUCAUCAACAGUGCAUGACAGAGUCAGAACGCGUGUUAUUACUGACAUAAUGAAAGCUUCUUUUGAUGGGUUCCUGUUGAUUUUGCUUGCUGGAGGCCCUUCUCGUGCUUUCACACAACAUGAUUCUGAAAUAAUAGAGGAGGAUUUUAAGUUUCUCACAGAACUAUUUUGGUCCAAUGGGGAUGGAUUGCCAGCUGAUUUAAUAAAUAAGUUUUCAACUACUGUUAAAAGUAUCCUCGCUUUACUUCACACUGAUACUGAGAGCCUAAUUGAGCAAUUCAGACGUAUGAUUCUUGAGAUUUAUAGCUCCUCUGCUAAAUCAAAGCUUCCGCUGCCUCCAACUUCUGCUCAGUGGGAUCCAACUGAACCAAACACAAUUUUACGAGUUUUGUGUUAUCGGAAUGAUGAGAUGGCAGCAAAGUUUCUUAAGAAGACUUACAAUCUGCCCAAGAAAUUAUAACAACUUUGGGUUGUGAAGAGAAAUGCAUUUAUGGGCAAGAAAUGUUGCUAGGUCAUGUCUGCCUUUUCCAGUACAUAUUACACCAACUAGAUGCUAAGAACUCCAUCUCCUAUGGGGGACUAAUAUUGUUGGAGGAAAAUUAUAGCUCCUGUAUAGUAAUCUAUUGGCUGCAUUCCAUUUGUUUAGGGCCUCACUAGUCAGUUAUGGGAACCUCGUGGGAGCAAUGGACUUGCUCCUAGGUUUAUGAUUAAUAAGUUUGGGAAUGUAUUAUGCAAGAGGAAGGGUGCAGAUUGAAGUUUUAUACUUUCCCAUAAGAUUUAGAUCCCAUGAAGGCAAUCCUUGUGUCCAAACUACCACAUAAGCAUUUGUUUCGCAUGGUGAGGUUCUUCAGCUCCCUUUGGUUAUAUUUCUUAUGUUUCACACUGCCUAAAUUGGCAAAUUGCAAAAUAGUAGAAAGAGAAAGGUUUGAUAAUAGGAUGGUAUUGUUUUUACUUCUUUGUUUGGGCAUAAGUAACAGGUAGUCUUAUCA